CUCCCAGACUCGCCGGCCUGCACCAUGGCCAAUCCCGCGGCCCCUGUUAUAACGCGCACACUUCCGUUCACUCACGAUGGCGAGACCUACCAAACCUUCUACAAGCUCUUCGGCUCUCCGGAGAACCGUAAGCGUCGGCCUCUCGUCGUGCUGCACGGCGUUCCGGGGCUCGUGCACGAUUACCUUGUGCCCUUCAGCGACCUCGCCGUGACGGCGGGCAUCCCCGUGUUGCUGUAUGAUCAGCUCCGGAACGGGCUCUCGACGCACCUGCGCGACAAGCCAGCCGAGUUCUGGACCAUCGAGCUCUUCAUUGCCGAGCUUGAGAACGUGCUCGCACAAUUGCGUAUCGACGGCGAGUUUGACCUCGGAGGGCACAGCUGGGGCAGGAUCCUCGCGACCGAGUCCGCUGUACGGCGCCGGCCGCGCGGCCUGCGGCAUCUCCAACGCGCAGUCAUAGCGACGUUCCCACCGGACAUCCAGGCUGCGCUCAAAGCGGGCAUGGCGCAACCCAAGGCGUACCACGACGCGCUCCUCGUGUUCCGCAAGAAACACGGUUGCGCCAUCGAACCCACGCCGAGGGAGUACUUGCAUGUCUUUGAGAUGGUUUUCAGUGAAAGCGAAGAUUCAACGGUCACCUCGGUGAUGUAUCCCAAAAUCUUGUCUUGGUCGAUCAUCGACCGGUUGCACAACAUAGAGAUGCUGACACUCGUGGUGAACGGCGCAGAUGACGUUGCGCAAGACUUUGUCGUCGCACCUUUCUUCCAGAAGAUUCCGAAAGCAAAGUGGAUCACUUUCGCGAACUCUAGCCAUACCCAUUCUGGGAGGAGCGCGAGUUGUACAUGACACGACUGGCAGACUAUUUGGAACUGUAAUCACAGUGCUUGGGGUUAGGAUAACCCAAUCUGAGGUGCAAACGAGCAGGUACCAC